GUAUUAUUGCGUGGAUAGAGUUUCAAAUACAUGGGAAAUGUACGAUCAUUAUGUCCUUUUCUUAUAACUUUAAGUGUUCAAAUUUGACAAGGAAAUUUCUUUGUCAUAAACCAGAAAAGCAGUGGUUGAAUUAAAAAUAAGAGCCCUUUUCUGGUUUUACUUCACUAUAAAAUGGAUUAAAAGAAAAGAGUUGCUACCAAUGAGAGGAAAUCAAGAGGCUAAAAAGUUGCUAUGGCAUCGACACUGUCAAUUUUGGCUACUUUCACUAUUAUCCGCAGCACAUUCAACGACUUCGUCCCCAAGGAAAUAAGAGACUAUUUGUGGAGUUUCAUCCGCCGUUUCUCAUCGGAAUUCACCUUGGUUAUCGAAGAAUCACAUGAUGGAUCAAGCAACCAUAUUUUCCAGGCUACCAUGGAAUACCUUGGCAGCCAUGUACUGUCUGCUUCAGCUGCCGAAGGUUCCCCGAAGCGGCUCACCGUAGGCAAGAGCGAGAAAGUAAGGAAGUUCACGUUCGGCCUGGAUAGACACUCGGAGAUCGUGGAUAUAUUCCAUGGUGUUCCCUUGAAGUGGAAGUACAACGCUGAUGUCAACACGAAUACUAAUAAUCAACAAAAAUCUGAAUCGAGGUGGUACGAGCUUAGUUUUCAGAAGAAUCAUGUUGAGAUGGUAAAGAGCAAGUAUAUUCCUCACAUCAUCAACACGGCCAAGAAACUGAAAGACCGGAAUCGGAUAGUGAAGUUUCACACUGUGAGGCGUGAAAGGUGGAGCUCAAGUGCUGUCAAUCUAGACCAUCCUAUGACAUUUGAUACAUUAGCCUUGGAUGGUGACCUCAAAAAGACUAUUAUGGAGGAUCUUGACAGCUUUAUUAAUGGCAAGGAGUACUAUAAGAAAAUUGGGAAAGUGUGGAAGCGUGGUUACUUGCUAUAUGGUCCCCCUGGAACAGGCAAAUCAAGUUUGAUUGCAGCCAUGGCAAAUCAUCUCAACUUUGAUAUUUACAACUUGAACUUAUCAGCAGUCAACUCGGACUCCUCUCUUGAGUACUUAUUGCUUCAUGUGUCGAAUCGUUCCAUUCUUGUGAUCGAAGAUAUUGAUUGUACAGUCAAAUUACAGAACAGAGAUGCAGGGGACACAACCGCGAGUUAUCCGCAUGUCCAGGUGACACUUUCUGGACUUCUGAACGCCAUCGACGGCCUAUUGUCAUGCUGCGGAGACGAGAGGAUCAUUGUUUUCACCACCAACUACAAGGAUAAAAUCGAUCCUGCGCUGUUGCGAGCCGGUCGCAUGGACAAGCACAUAUGCUUGUCUUACAGCACCGCCUCUACCUUCAAGCAACUCGCGGCCAACUAUCUCGGCAUUUCGAACCACAAUCUCUUCUCUCGUAUAGAAAAGAUUAUAGAAGAGAUCAAUGUUUCCCCAGCUGAAGUUGCCGGUGAACUAAUGAAGUCCAAAGAUCCCAAAACUUGUCUGGAGGGCCUUAUUGAGCUCCUGGAAAGCAAGGCAUCGGAGGCGACUUCAAAACCUGAAGAAGGAAAAGGCGGUAACAAUACAAAGCAGGAGAAAGGAUGUAAAAGCAAAGGUUCCAAUACCACAAACAGUGACUCUCCAGACCAUAAUGCCAUUACGUUUCUCACCGUGGGUCCUGAUCCAAUGAUAGUGAGAGAAUAUACAGUAAAAGCGGAGCUAGCACCAAUCCUUAAAGCGGUUCUGUUGAAACACGGGGACAUUGUUACCGACUGCUCAUUGAACUCAACGCAGUGCCGUUCGUCUCUCCUGGAGAUCGCCUGUGGGAUCAUCCAGAAACUACAAGCAGCGAAAUUGGAAGAUUUAACAGAACCUGAGCUCCGCUCCAUGCUUGCAAGUGUUUCAGAUUUGGAAUCGUUGAAGUUGCGAGUUAGUUGGCUCCGUAAGAGACUGGAUCAAAUUAUUGAGGCACUGCAACUAGUGAAGCAAUGUUCCGCCCUAGAGGAAGACAAGAGAAAAAUUGUUCAAGAAAUCGAGGAGAUGCAGAAAGAGCUUGGAAGUUGCCGCAUGGAAACACUAGAAAAGGAAAAGAAAACCCUCCGAAUCCAGGAAAUGGAGGCUGUGAUCGGAACUAUUUCGGAAUCCAUCUCUAGCAAUGAGGCAAGAUUGAGUUGUUUCUAUGAGAGGUCUUUGGUGGAUGGGCUACUUUGUCUUUGACCCCCCAACUGUUACGAACUAUCACCACUCAACUGGACCAGGCUGCGUCGGGUGAGCAUCGUGAGCACAAGAUUGAUAUUGUUUUCUUUGAGCUGAACGGGCUGAACCCAAGACCUCUUCGUACAAGAGUUCACUUUGGAAUUCUAGUAACUCACCAACCUACCAACUUUUUUUUAUUUAUUUAUAAUAAUUUUAUAAUAUUUACAAUAACAAUUUACUACCUUUAAUCUUAA